UAAGAUUGAGAUAAGAAAUUAGGGUUUUUUAUCGGAUAUAAAAUCCCGCAAAGAGCCCUAAACCUCACCAAAGCAUUUUAGCCGCCGCAGCCCUCUCUUUCUCUUCCGGCUGGUGUUGAAUUAGGUGAUUUGAGCUUUGUGUUCCUUGUUCGGUUAAGCAACCCGCAAAGAUGCAGAACGAAGAGGGGCAAAACAUGGAUCUUUAUAUCCCUAGGAAAUGUUCUGCUACUAACAGGCUCAUCACCUCCAAGGAUCAUGCAUCUGUUCAGAUUAACAUUGGACACUUGGAUGAGCUUGGCAGAUACACUGGCACAUUCUCCACUUUUGCUCUUUGUGGCUUUGUCCGUGCCCAGGGUGACGCUGACAGUGCUCUUGACAGGCUCUGGCAGAAGAAGAAAGCUGAAGUCCGACAGCAGUAGUUGGGAAACCUUUUAUUACUAGUCUGUCUCUGAACUUGGAGGGAAACUGUUUUGGUAAUGACUAAUAAGUUCUAGUUUCUUUUGGUGGAUUAUGAUGUUUAUUACUUAGCUUGCUUGCAUUUGAACCUAGUAUAUGCCUUCAAUUUUGUGUUCUCCACAUUUUUGUAGUCUGUGGUUAUGAUAGUUUUGUUAAAUUUCUGCAUAUCCAAAUGCUCUAGUAGCCGAUGCCUGAUGGAAUUUUUAUGGUUCACAAUAGCUCGGUUGAGAGCUUCGAAUAACUUGUAUUUGAAUUGGAAAAGUUGCAUCUAAGAAAGAUUAAACCAACGAUUUCUGAGA